AUGCCCCCAAUUCUCGGUUGCUUAGGGAGGGGCACCAUCCCGCCGGGAUGGCUUCGACAGCUGGCCGCUGGAUCGAAGACUAUUUCCAGCAAUAACCUCUUCUCGACGCGAUGGUUCAGCACCUCUCGGCAGCGGAGAGACUUUCAGGCAGCAAACGAUGUUGCUGAUGCACCCAGGGCAAUAUCUUGGCUCAGUCAGACACCACAUAGAGUGACGCCGUCAGAUAUUAUCUCACGAUAUCCUCUUCUCUCGCGCCCUUCCAGCACAGAAAUCACCGUCCCCGUUGUUCUUGCUACGCCGGCGUUCGCAUCAUGGAUUGAUCCUACGAACCCUCUGCUCGAGAAGUGGGCGAGUCCGCUAUUCGAAACUCUCCACGGAAACCAGCAUCAGAAACCCUCCUAUGCCAUUGCAGCUGUGAUAGACAAAAUUCCAGUCCCGCAGAACCGAAGUGGGUACACAGAAAAGAUUAUUCGUGACAAGGGAUCGGCAUUACUCGGUUCGGAGGGACUGUCGCUGUUGCUCGCUCGUGGCUCAGAUGUGCGUGUCAAUGCGGCAGAGUCCACACGAGUACGAGGCCCAGCUUCCCAAGAACCUGCAUUCAUCUUUUCGACUCGAUCCCUCAACGCCUCCUUGAACGAUGAUGACAGUGGCCGUGCAUCUUACGAAGUUGGCCUCCGACUUGCCAACACGGUUUUUGUUAAUGGCAAGGACAGAACAUUAUUGGGGAUGCGCUGGGAUUAUGAUCCUGCAUCUGAAAGGUACAGUCUUAGCCAAUGCUAUGACCUGGCCAUAUGUGAUGUCACGUCUUCGGCGGCUAUGGCGCGCAGCUCCUUGAACAUUCCGCUCCAUCCCGUUACUCAACGCAGGAAGGUUGUAUCUAGCAUGGGGAACAUCCUUAGCCAGCUAUCGAAAUCACUUGAUGGGGACGUGAAUGUUGCAAUGCCAGCCUCGUCUGAACUUGAAAAAGAAUUGCCCAGAUAUGUCAAAGAGCACGGCAUCACAGAUCAGAGGAUAUCAGCCUGGGCGCUUGUUGAGCCGUCCGAAACAUCCUCCCGAAUCGAGAGCACCACUGAAGGUCGCCUUGAGAGAUUAAUUCAAGACGGCAGUAGAAUCCACCGUGUGGUCAGUGGAGGCGGAGGAUGGGGAAAGAGGCAAGGUUUGCUUUCCCUUGAUCCGGAGGUCACUUUCCGAGGAAAGGCUGCCUCCAAGCAUGGGAUUGCCAUAGAUCAAUUUUUCGAAGGCCCAAAUGGAAGCGCCCCUUCGGAGGCGCUACCCGAUCUCUCAGAGAUUCUAAGCGCGAGCUUAGAGAAGGAUAUCGCUUCACUUCCUCAGCUCGCCAAACCCGGUGAUUACAUCCAGUUCUUCGUCUCCUCUGAGUUGCAUUCUCGGAAGGACGAAGUUACGAAAGGACAGACUUCCGAGUCAGCUCUUUUGUGUAACUUCGUUGUUGCUGCGUCGUCUGAGGCGUCCCAAAUGAUCCCUGGCUCUAUAGAUCCUGAAACUGAAAGGAGCUCGUCGAAAGAUUUGGUUUUCCUGACCAAUUAUUUCGGAGCGCUAUCAGAGAAGGCCAUCACAUAUUCACAAGCUGUCUCAAAUGUCCAAUCCACCGGUGAUGGUCUCGAACACCGCACAAAGCUUUGCGUGCCCGGUUCUCGUGUAGAACUGGAGAGCCACUAUUGUAUAAAUACCUCUAAUGCAACGACUCAAGGCCCUGCCAAAAUCAAAAGAUCGUCCGGUGCCAAGAGAAAUCACGUGGCGGGCAGCCCUGUCUAUGCGCCCUUCUUCGGUGCCCUGGGCUGCACCUCUGCAAUUGUUUUCACCUGCUUCGGUGCUGCCUAUGGAACCGCCAAGGCCGGUGUUGGUGUCUGUGGAAUGGCCGUUCUGCGGCCUGACCUGAUUGUCAAGAACAUCGUUCCUAUUGUCAUGGCCGGUAUCAUUGGUAUCUACGGUCUGGUGGUGUCGGUCCUCAUUGCAAAUGACCUGACCCAGCGUCUGCCGCUGUACACUGGAUUUAUUCAACUCGGAGCUGGUCUCGCCGUCGGUCUUGCUGGUAUGGCUGCUGGUUUUGCCAUUGGUAUCGUUGGAGAUGCUGGUGUCCGUGGAACAGCUCAACAGCCCCGACUCUACGUCGGUAUGAUCCUGAUUCUUAUUUUCGCUGAAGUUUUGGGUCUGUACGGUCUCAUUGUCGCGCUUUUGAUGAACUCUCGUUCCCGUGCAUCGUGCGUUUCUGUUGAGUAA